GGGGAAUGAAUGUUUCAGUUUCACUUUUGAAAUAUAUGAAGGCUUAUGACCUUUUUGAAGCAAAGGCAAACGAAUGGAUAUUAGAAAUGAUGAGAAAAAAAUUUUAUAAAAAGAAUGAGGGAGUUUCACUUGAAACAACCGAAAAUGCAAAUUAUCUACCUACGUCAAUGGUUUCAGAAGAAAACGAAAAUAUUGACAAAGAGAAUGUAGACUUUAAGAUUUACCAAUACGUUGGUAGGAUAUUUUAUUUCUCUAGAGUUAAAAUAAAUUUUACGGAAAUUGAAAACCUGAAAACUACACUGUCCCAAAAAUAUACAUCCACCGAUAUUUUGUGGCUUAAGUCCGUAAAUUGUUAA